CCAGGCCUCGGCCCCGCCCAGGCCCGCCCCCUUUGGCGCUGGCCACGCCCACGAGACUCCCUAUUGGCCCGCGCGGGGGUCUGGGUCGGGCGCCCCGCCCCCCGGCCGCGCGAUGGCAGAGCCGCGGACGAGCAGGGAGGCAGGAGCGGGCGGCGAGCGGGGCGCGGGGCCAUGCGCGGCCGCCUGUGGCUGGGCCUGGCGUGGCUGCUGCUGGCGCGGGCGCCCGGCGCCGCGGGGACCCCCGGCGGUCCGCGGAGAGCGCGCAGCUACCCGCACCUGGAGGGCGACGUGCGCUGGCGGCGCCUCUUCUCCUCCACCCACUUCUUCCUGGGCGUGGACCCCAGCGGCCGCGUGCAGGGCACCCGCUGGCGCCACAGCCCUGACAGCGUCCUGGAGAUCCGCUCCCUCCGCGUGGGUGUUGUGGCCCUCAAGGCCGUGCACACCGGCUUCUACGUGGCCAUGAGCCGCCGGGGCCGCCUCUACGGGUCGAGGGUCUGCACCGCCCACUGCAGUUUCCGGGAGCGCAUUGAGGAGAACGGCUACAACACAUACGCCUCGGUCCGCUGGCGCCACCGUGGCCGGCCCAUGUUCCUGGCGCUGGACGGGCAGGGGGCCCCGCGUCGUGGUGGCCGGACGCGGGUGCACCACCUAUCCACCCACUUCCUGCCCGUCCUGGUGUCUUGACCAAGAGACCAUGGGGAACAGCCGGACAGAUUCCAGAAGACGCUGGAGCCAGGCAGCCAGAGCCAGAGGCUGGGGGAGGCCCAGGCCAUGGCUGAACACGUGUGCGGCCACUCAUUUGUCUCAAAAGCAUUAAUGGAGCACCUACUGUGUGCAGGACCCCCACAGAUGCAGCCUGGCACUUGGGGAGCUGCCAUCUGGGUCUGCAGGAAGGUGGACACUGAGCUGAGCGGGGCCACCAGCGUCCAGUCCUGAGCUGCAGAGCAGGGCGGCCCCAACAGUGCACCUCCUGGGCUGGAAACCGGGUACAGCCGUGCGGCCAUCGGAAGGUCCAAGAAGGGCGCUCCAGCCAGGAUGCAAGUGGGCAGAGGCUUGGAGCAGGCGGUUGGCGCAGCGAGGGGUCUGGGGUCAGGGCAGAGGGCCACGCGGACACGCCACAGAGUGACAAGCCCCAGUCCCAAGACCUGUGGACGUUGUCACCUUGCAAGGCAGAGAGAACUCUGCAGAUGGGUUAAGUCGAGGCCCCUGGGAUGGCGGUGACCCUGGAUUCCCGGGGCCCAGGGUCAUCCCAGGGUCCUGAGCAGAGGGAGGCGGGGGGGUCAGAGGCCGAGAUGGAGACGCUGCGCUGCUGGCCGUGCGGACGGAGGAAGGGGCCCCGAGCCCAGGACGCGGCGCCUCUGGAAGCUGGAGGAGGCGGGACACGCUCCUCCCCUGGGGCCUCCGUGAGGACCUGCCCCCCACGCCCCACCCCCACCCCCCGGGUUUAGCCCCGUGGGACCAUGUCGGACUCCUGACCCCAGGACGUGAGAUGACAAAUUUUGGUGACUCGUCACUGUGGCCACAGGGAGCGUGGAUAUGGUGUCUGAGGCGGGUCUAAUUAAACACAAGUCUCCAGAGGUGCUUGGUCCUCGCGGGGCGGGCAGUGGGAGUGGGCGCCAUGAGCGGGCGAGGGCUCCAUGUCCUCCAGGGAGGGGUGGACACACUGCACCGCAGACCCCCCACCCAGGGGGAUGUCCAGCAGCCAGAGGAGUGGAGCCAAGAACCAGUUCAGACCCCAGCUCCAGGCCGCAGUUUCACCCUGAGCCUCAGUUUCCCUUUUAGGAAAUAGGGAUGACGAUGGCCUGCGGGGGCCCCUCCUACCCCUCCCCCAACGCCUCCCCCCACCCCUCC